GGUGCUGCGGGGCAGCGGGCACCCUUUUGUGCCCUGUUCGAGAGGGGAGGGCGUUAUCCGGCAGCUCCUUUCUAAGCCAUCGUACUUCAAGGUGAAGGUAGUCAAGCCACAUACUCCGUUAAUUAAGUUCCCGGACAGAAAAAGUAGUCCUAGACCUAAAAUACAGGAAUCUCUACCAGCAAGUGUGCCAUCUCUCCUUGCUUCGAGAGCACAGGAGUCCAUAGGAGGGAGAUCACUGGCCUUUCAAAAUACUUCACCUGUUAGUAGAGUACAGGGUACACCAGACACUUCUGAAUUAGCAAGAACCUUACCUCAGAAAUACAGAAGGAAACUUAUGUCGGAUGAAGAGGUUGAAUAUAUUCAACGUGGAGGUCCAGAAUAAGCAUGGAAGAUGGUUCGCUGGCCCUUGUUGAAGUAUGGAUUUCACAAUAAAAGCAUUUCCUUAAUACUAAAACUGAUUGUAUAUGAAUAGCUUUAAUAAAAACCCCUAUGAAGGGUGAGAAAAUUGACACAACACACUAUAUAUUAGUUUGUGAUUGGGAAGGUUCUUCUGUUGAUGGCUAACCAGCAAUUGAAUAUAUUUCAUGUCCACACCAUUAAAAUAUUUUUCUAAUUAGCCA